GGGGGAUGAUAAUUUCCCUUUAAAUUCUUUUCAAAAUCUCUCCAAAGGGUUUCAGUCUUUGCCGGCGGAGGAAAAGGGGGGUUUUCCACCGGAUAGAAGUUCAAAGCCGCGGUUAGUUCGAUAUGGAUUCUACUGCAGCCACUCGCUUGCGCUCAAUUAAGUUGUGGCCUCCUAGCCAUAGCACGCGGCUUGUGCUCGUGGAGCGUAUAGUAACAAAUCUCACCACUCCAUCCAUUUUAUCUAGGAAGUAUGGUCUUUUAAGCAAGGAAGAAGCAGAAGAAGAGGCUAAACAAAUAGAAUCUUCAGCCUUUGCCACUGCAAACCUGCACUUUGAAAAGGAGCCAGAUGGUGAUGGAGGAUCUGCUGUGCAACUUUAUGCUAAAGAAUCCAGUAAACUUAUGGUGGAGGCUGUUAAAAAAGGCCCUAAAUCAAAUGGGAUUGAAGAAGCCAUAUCUGAGCCAGUUACAGCUGACCAUGAAAGUGUCUUUUUUGACAUUUCUGGAGGGCGUCGAGCCUUCAUCGAGGCAGAAGAGGCUAAAGAACUACUAAAACCGCUUAGUGACCCGGGAAACAAAUACAGAAAGAUAUGUUUUAGCAAUAGAAGUUUUGGGUUGGAUGCAGCCCAUGUAGCUGCACCCAUUUUGUCAUCUUUAAAGGGCCAAUUGACCGAAGUUGACCUAUCAGAUUUCAUUGCCGGGAGGCCAGAAGCCGAAGCUUUAGAAGUUAUGACCAUGUUUUCAGCUGCCCUUUCGGGUUCUGAACUCAGGUAUCUGAAUCUUUCAAAUAAUGCAUUGGGCGAAAAGGGGGUUCGGGCAUUCAAUCAGCUUUUGAGUUCACAAGAUAAUCUUGAAGAGUUAUAUCUGAUGAAUGAUGGUAUCUCAGAAGAAGCCGCAAAAGCAGUUUGCGAGUUAAUCCCUUCCACAAAGAAACUAAAGAUUCUUCAUUUUCAUAACAACAUGACCGGAGAUGAAGGUGCGAUCGCCAUUGCCGGACUUGUGAAAGAAUCUCCGAUUCUGGAGGAUUUCAGGUGUUCAUCCACACGGGUUGAUUCCGAAGGCGGAGUCACCCUUUCUGAAGCACUUGGAACUUGCACCCAUCUGAAAAAGCUUGAUCUGCGUGACAAUAUGUUUGGAGUCGAAGCUGGGGUUGCUUUAAGUAAAUCCGUACCUGUUUUUGUCAAUCUGACCGAGGUUUAUCUCAGUUAUUUGAACUUAGAGGAUGAAGGAGCUUUAGCACUUGUCAAUGCUUUAAAAGAUUCUGCUUCUAAACUUGAAGUUCUGGAAAUGGCUGGUAACGAUAUUUCAUCUGAAGCAGCUCCAGCUUUCGCAGCCUGCAUAACCGCAAAGAAACUUACUUUAACCAAAUUAAAUCUAUCCGAGAACGAACUGAAGGAUGAAGGUGCGAUAGUGAUCGCCAAGGCACUUGAAGACGAGUUUGGGCAGUUGACCGAAGUUGACCUGAGCACCAACGCAAUCAAAAGGGCUGGAGCUAGACGUUUAUCUCAGGCUGUUGUCGGUAAACGGGGCUUUAAGCUGCUAAACAUUAAUGGUAACUUCAUAUCUGAUGAAGGGAUUGAGGAUGUGAAAGAGAUUUUCAAGAGUUUUUCUAGUGUUCUUGGUCCGUUGGACGAGAAUGAUCCUGAUGGAGAAGAAUACAACGAAGAGGAUGAUGGUGAUGCAGAAGAUGGCGGUGAUAACGAAGAUGAGUUGGAAGCGAAGCUCAAGGAUCUUGAAAUCAAGCAGGACGAAUAGGGUCGUUUUGCGGUAUGACCUCAAAACUUCACUUUCCAAUCUAUGGUUAGAUUUACCAUUUUCUUGUGUGAUAUUCACAAUCUAAUCCAGAAUUAGCUUGAAUGCUAUGUUCUCAUUCUAUAUUCAAACCUCUAGGUUCUAUGUACUAUUUAAACUUUACAACUUGGUGCUUUUUUGUAAUCGUAGUUUUGUUUUAGAAA